ACAGGAAGAGACUCGUUAGACUCGUUACGAUGGCGACCGUAGGAGAGCUGAAAACCGCCCUUAAAGAAACCCUGGAGUCUCGCGGCGUUCUGGGGCAGCUCAAAGCGCGCAUCCGCGCGGAGGUGUUCCACGCGCUGGACGACACGAGCGAGCCCCGCCCCUCCCUGUCCCACGAGAACCUGCUGCUGAACGAGCUCAUCCGCGAGUACCUGCUCUUCAACAAGUACCGCUACACAGCCUCUGUGCUCACCGCAGAGUCUGGCCAACCCGAGGUCCCUCUCGACAGGCAGUUUAUGGCCAAUGAGCUGAACGUGGUGGAAGACCCAAGUGCCUCAACUAUGCCUCUCCUCUAUGGCUUGCUGUCCCAUUUUCUCAACAGUGGUGGAGAGAAAGGAGGUAAACUGUUCCUCCGGAGCUCAGGUGCACCUGCACAAAGAGACGUCAAUGUCCGUCCAAUGAGCGACGCAAACAGAAUAGGUGUCAAUGAAACAUUUCCAGCUGGAAAAAGCAGCAGAGAACACUUUGUCCUGCAGGGUGGAUACAGAUGACGGGCCUUCGGUUGAGUUAUAUUUGCCAAAUAUAGAUCCAGCUAGUUCUAAUUCUUGUUUUUAUUUCCACUGAUCUACGGGCCCUGUGCCUUGAUUCAUUUUACAUCUGGUUCCAUGGCAGCAACUGGAACAGAGCCAUAAAAUCACUGUGUAAUGUCGUGUCAGUUGGUACUGAACAGUGAAUUUGUUUUUUGUCAGUAUAUAUGCAGUUCAGAAGUACCAAGAGUACACUUGAAAACCAAGGAUGUCAAGGGAUAAGUAGGCAUUGUGUGACACACAGUUGGUAUAUUCAGCUUGGUGUGGAAGCUGUGUAAGAAGUGGAAAGGGAGUGAAUGGGAGGGGCAUUGCACUGUUCCUCAGUUUUGGUGCUUAUUGUUUUGCUCUGAAUG